ACGGAAAGACAAAACAUGACGGGGCAGUACAGGUGAAAAUUGGAGGUGUCUGGAGGUAUUUGUGUUCGUAUAUCACUACGGAUGAGGAAGAUUUAAUCUGUCAAGAACUGGGAUACAUAUCGGCGGGAAACCUUGUUUACAGGGUACAGACAGACAGUACAUUGGGAUAUUGGAACACGAUCUUCACUUGUGGUUCAAACGACACGGAACUAUUAAAAUGUAGUAAUACAGGAUUGUCACAUUCAACCAGUUGUCCUAGCCACAGACUCAAUGAUGCUAUUUACUGUCACGGAGAAGUGAAAUUCGACGGCACAUUUCGUCACUCAAGCGGUGUAAUGUUGGUGUAUGGUCACGACUCUGGAUAUGAGAAACUGUGUGGUGAGGACCUCACGAAGACAACAGCACAAGUGUUCUGUAGACAGUUGGGAUUCCUAUCAGGGGCUCCACAUCAAUCUGACUUUGUUUUAGAUGACACCGGAGUCCGAAAUGCGAAAAUGAAGAACGUUUCUUAUAAUUGCAUGGGUAGUGAGUCUCAUCUUAGUGAAUGCACAACAGUUCAAGCAAGUUCAAACUGUAUGAAUUCGUCGUCGGUGGCUAAAGUUUCUUGUGAGCAAGACCUGGAAGAGGCUGGUCAUGUUAAAAAAUUGUAUCUUGGAUACGGUAAGGUUUGGGUUUAUGACGACCAAGCUAAUGAGAGGAAUCUAUGUGCUGAUGGUUUUGAUGACAAUGUGGCGAAAGUGGUUUGUCGUGAACUGGGGUUUGGAGAGAAUGGACGACGUCUACCCUCCACAGCGUAUCCAUACUAUUCAUUCACUGUAUGGAACAAAACCUUCAGCUGUUCUGGUUCUGAGAAACGAUUAAGCGACUGCAGUUCCUCUAACAGCUCAGCUUGUGAAACCCGAGAAGUGGCAGCUGUGGCUUGUGAGAUCAGCACAGACUCUUCAGACGAAGGGGCAACAAGAAUCUCUGCAUCCCAUCAAGUUGAAGUUUUCUACCAUGGUAUUUGGGGUUCUGUUUGUGGAACACACUGGAAUGAUAAUGCGGCUAGAGUUGUUUGUGGAAAUACGACUUACGCCAAGGCGGCGGUAGACGACAGCUUCACUGUGUCGCCCGUGUGGAUAUUUGAUGUCAAUUGCGCUGGUGAUGAAGACAGUUUGACGUCUUGUCAGAUUACUAAAGAUGAUUCGAAUUUUAAAUGUGAUCAAUUUAAACGCACAUUGGCUUACUGUAUUGAUGACUGUAAGUCUAAAAAUAAGAUGUGACGCAAUCCUUGGACGUUGACGUACAAUUAUUUCAAAUAAUGGCACGGGCAAUGUGCUAAGUGUACAUUAUUUAUACUAGUUGAAAUAUUGG